CGUCUGUUGCAUCUGUGCUGUAAGAAUUGUUGAGCAGAAACGCACGCUGUUUUAUGAUCAUGGCUCAGUUUAAAUAGGCUACAGGAGAUAUCGCGUGUCUUAAGACAGAAUUCUCUCUUCUUAACACAGCCGGUGGUUUGAAGUCUGACUUUGAGAUAUUGGAAACAAACGGGACUCGCUGCCAGCAAACAGUUUGUUGGUCAACGGUCUGACAUUACUUUGGGAUUAAAAUGGUCAUCAAGGUUUACAUCGCCUCCUCAACCGGCUCCGUCGCGGUAAAGAAGCAUCAGCAGGCAGUGGUGGGUUUUCUAGAGGCCAAUCGAAUCAGCUUCCAGGAAGUAGACAUCACCAUGCUGGAGGAGCAGAGGCUGUGGAUGUACCGGAACAUCCCCAGAGACAAGCAGCCGGAGAAAGGCAACCCGCUGCCUCCACAGAUCUUCAACGAGGAUCGAUACUGUGGGGACUAUGAAGACUUCUUCCAGUCCAAAGAGGACAACACUGUGUUUUCUUUCCUUGGGCUCAGUUCCCAGCCCUCGGUGAAAGAUUCUAAGUCAUAUCCUAGAUCAAACUCUUAAAAUAGGAGGACGGAAACUGCCUCGCUUCCUGUGUUGCUCUACCUCUUCUCCCGUGUUUCUCCCGCUAUGAUGCCGGCACGUUGCCAAGACCCCGCGGAUUUCACCCUGAAUGACCUCCCCUGACUCUGUAAACUCUCAAUCCACCAUCACUUAAAACUCUAUGAAGUGUCUUGAUUCUCAAGAGAGACUUGUUCACAGAACACGGGGAUCAACUUUAUGAUGGAUGCAUUUGUGUUUUCCUUUCAUGUUUAACACACUGUGACAGCGAGCACUGGCAUUAGCAUAGACUCAGUGCAGACUAUGAGUAGCAUACUUUUGUAGCAGCUUUUGCAUCAUUAGACCAGUUGCUUUACUGAUCAGUUGCAGCACAAGUCACCUAAAAACAUACAUUUAUUUUGUGUGUGUGCCUUAGUGUGUGCGUGUGUUUUAGGUGAGGGAGUGUAAGAGGGUGCUGUCCCAGACAUGCUAGCAGCAUUGCAGUUUACCACAAAGCAGAUGAGACCAAAUGGUAUGAAUCCUGAAAGAUAUGAGGGAUAGACACAAUACCAGUAAUAUCAUAACCAGCUUUCAUGUUAAGUGAGUAGUCACGGUCAUCAAAUAAAACAAACCUUUUUCUUGUUUUAUUCCACUGCCAAACUAGUUUAAAGUACGUGGUAUCUGUUAUUUUCUCAUUUUUAAUUGCCUUCAAAUCCAAUAAUAAGA